UAACAUUUAGUUUUUAAUUAAAAGAACAAACUAUAAAUGAAAUUUUAGGAGAAAUCAAAAGAAGGUGAAGGAAAAAGUAUAAUAAUUUUACUUUCGGGACCGAUAAAAUGACAACCCAGCUUAUAUAGCAUUUGCAAUGUUUUAUAACAAACGCUAUUCACCAUUUUAUGGACUCAAAUUCACUCUUUCAAUUCCUUUUUCUUUUUGUCCUCUUUUGCAGAACAGAGACACAAAGAUCCCAAUUGGAGGGUUGAAUUGAUUAUCAUCUACGAUAAUAUUGUUCAACAAGGUAUUGAAUCAUACAUAUGCCAACUUUUUAGAUUAUUGUGGGUUUUGUUCUGCUUGCUUAUAAGAAAUGAUUUGAACUAGUUAAUUACUUUAAAGAAGUAUGGAAUCCACAGUGAGGUGAAUUUGUUUAGCAUCUCUCAUCUUUUGGCUAAGCUAUUCUUCUCUGUCGUCCUUGAGUUGUACGUUUCUCGAAUGAUCCAAUGAAGAGUUAUUAAUUUUUCCCUUUUGGUGAUUAAUGGUAUCAAAAGUUUUGAAAAUUACAUCUUAAUUAAGUUCAAAUUUUUUAGGGAUGAAAUGGAAUAUGUUGGUGAACUUGCAUGAAUUUGACAGGAACAAAAACACAGAUAAAUGGUAUCGGUUUCGAAUUUUGUAGGGAUUAAAUGGAAUCUGUAACUCAGUAGGCGGACUUCCAUGAAUUUGCAAGGCAAAAAGGGCAGAUUGAUUGGGUUGGUGUAUAUGGUGGCUAAGGAUGCUGCUCAAGUGUUUGAUAUAAUUACCGAAAGGACUAAUAGUCAUGACAUUAUGUAGCUUAAUGUGCUACUUCAUUUUAUAGUUAGAUUCACUGCUAACUUUCCCUCAGCCCUUGAUUUAGGCUCAUUAAGGGCUGAUGAAUGAAUGCAAUCUCAAUUGUUGAUAUGAUCAGCUUAUAUCCUCCAUCAAAUUAAUAUGCCUCAAUCUUGAAAUCUAGCCACUUCAUUUCCUUGCUUACUUGAAAUUAAUCAUUAUUGUUGUAAUAUUCAUUUUCUUGCAUUACAUCCUUUGUCUUCACGUUCUCAUUGAAUAAAAAAAUUGUACGUUUGGUUUCAGAUCGCUACUUUUUCUUUAUGUUUGUAUCAAAUCAGAACUUGGGCUUUACUUGGAAGGAUUAUUGAAAAUUCACUUAUUCAAUCAACUGGGUAAUUAAAAAUAACUGGGUAAGAAAGUGUUUGAAACUGCAACGUGUGUUCUUCCAAGUACAGUAGUUUAUGGAUACCGGUGAAAUCGUACAAAUAUGUUGGCUCUUCUUUUGCAGUGUCUUUUUUUCAGCUGCUCAAAACUAUUUGUUUCUUUCACAUAUUCAAAGUUGUAAAAAUUUGAUUUGACAAGAACCUUAUACUUUACGAGAGAAAUACUUUUGUAUUUGGCUGAGUUGGCUCAAAUGAACUGGUUGAAGAUGCCCCCACCAGCUUCCUUUGAGUUCCUAUACUUGGAGUAACAUGCUUUAUUUGUUUAAGAAUUUGAUUAUUUCAGAAUGCACUUCUUUCAUCCACCGCAGCCAAUAUUCCACCUGCAUAUCUGGAAUUCCUUCAUCGGUACUGGGUGUUCUCAGGUGUUUGCUUUAGUGAACUUAUGGAGGUUGCUCAUACUCCUGAAGAACAAUCAAAAUUUGAAAAUGUGGAGCAACGUCCGUACAAUGGAAGUGGCACCAUCAACGAGGGCAGUAAUAUUGAAUCAAUUGAUUUGUUGCAUCAGAAUUUUGAUGAACACUUGAAAAAUGUCCAUUCAUCUAUUCCAAGAGAAAUGAUACCAGAAAUUGGCAUGGAGUUUGAGACAGAAGAAGAAGCUUUUCAGUACUAUCUGUUGUAUUCCAAGAAAGUGGGAUUUGGAGUAAGGAGGAGCAAAAGCCACAAUGACAAAUCUGGUAAAUUGAUUGGCCGAACUUUUUGUUGUAGUGCAGAGGGUAAACGGCAGCGUGACAAAAGAGAUCUAAAUGUGCGAGCACAAAGGCCAGAAACAAGAUUCGGUUGUGACGCGAAAAUGAAGGUUAAUAGUUUUAAAACUGGAAAGUUUCAAGUGAUAGAAUUUGUUGCAGAACACAAUCACUGUCUUCCAAGUCUUAGUAAAACACAUUUGCAUCGAAGUCAUAGAGCCAUAUCUUCUGUGGAAGCUAGGCAGAAAAUGGCUGAUGACGUUGGAAUUACACCAAAAGCAUCCUUUGAUCUUAUGGUGAAGCAAAAAGGUGGCAGGGGAAAUCUUGGCUUUAUUUCAGAAGAUUAUAGGAAUUUUCUCAGAUCCAAGAGAACAAGAGAAAUGGAAAAAGGUGAUUUAGGUGGGGUGUUAGAAUAUUUGGAUCAAAUGCAGUUUAAAGAUCCUAAUUUCUUCCAAGCAAUCCAAGUGGACAUUGAUGAUUUGGUAACCAAUAUUUUUUGGUCAGAUGCAAAGAUGAGAAAUGAUUACUCUGAUUUUGGUGAUGUUAUUUGCUUUGACACCACUUAUCGGAAGAAUAGGGAGGGUCGGCCUCUUGCUUUGUUUGUAGGUACAAACCACCACAAACAAAUCACAGUUUUUGGUGUUGCACUACUAUAUGAUGAGACAACUGAGACCUUUAAGUGGUUAUUUGAUACAUUUGCUAGAGCCAUGUCAUGGAAAAAGCCUACAACUAUCCUAACAGAUCAGGAUAAGGAGAUAGCCGAUGCUUUAGCUUUUUGUUGGCCGAACACUCAUCAGCGACUUUGUAUCCGGCACAUUUGUCAAAAUGCAGCAAUCCACUUGAGCAGUGUUUUUACUAAGUUUAAGGCUUUCUCCGGUGAUUUCAGUUCGUGCGUAUAUGACUUUGAAAAAGAAGAAGAGUUUUUGGCUGCAUGGGAUAAUAUGCUGCAAAAGUAUGAACUUCAAGAAAAUGAUUGGUUGAAACACUUGUUUCUUUUGAAAGAAAAAUGGGCAUUGGUGUAUGGACGCCAGAUGUUUUGUGCAGACAUAACAACCACACUAAAGAAUGAGAGCUUGAAUAGCACGAUGAAAAAGUAUCUGAGUUAUAAGCAUAACUUUUCCCAAUUUUUCCAUCACUUUGAGAAGCUUCUUGAUGAUCACCGAUAUAAAGAGUUGAGAGCCGACUCUAGAGCUAACAUGAGCAUUACGUCAUUGGCAGCUCCUGUUCAAAUGUUACAACAUGCAGCUAGUCUUUAUACACCUGAGGUAUUUCAAUGCUUUCAGGAUCAGUGGAAAAUGUGUCACGAUUGUAGUUUUCAUGUUUGUGCUGAAGAUGGGAUAGUAACAAAAUAUGAAGUCACUCCUGUAGGUAAGAGUUACUCACAUAUGGUCACUUAUGAUUCAUUAAAUGAUGAAGUCCACUGUAGCUGUUGGAAGUUUGAGUUUGGUGGCAUAUUAUGUUCUCAUAUUUUGAAGGUUUUUACUUUGAGAAAUAUUAUGAGCGUACCAGGUAAGUAUAUUAUGAAAAGGUGGACGCGAAAAGCAAAAAAUGGUUACCUUGAAAGUAAAAGCUCUCAUGUUAAUGAAACUGAAUUGGAUCCUACAAUGGAAUCAAGUAUGAGGUACAAAGACUUGUGUGCAUUAACUGUUCGAUUAGUUACAAGAGCAGCAGAGAGGAAUGAUACUACUAAAUUUUUGAAAGAUAGCCUUUACAAAGCAUUAGAUGCAAUUGAUGAAAUGUUGCAAAGUAAAGAAGUGGUGGUGGAGGAGAACCUAAUGUCAGAAAGUGAAGAUUUGUGUCAAACUUCUAAUCCCGAGAUAAGUCGCUGUGAUAUAAAUUUGAGCGGAAGGGACUCAAUUAAAGGUGUAAAAAGAAAGACAAAAUCUGCAACAAAUAAAAGAUUGAAGGGUGGCUUAGAGAACAAUGCAAGACAGACAGAGUCUCUUACAGGAUGCAAUACUUCGGCGAAUGUGGCAACUUCAGCCUCCAUACCCAUUGCAAAUAUUCAGGAUUUCGAAGUGAAUAUUCAAACUACUUCAAGUAUGGCACAUCCUGUAUUAUCAUAUCAACUUCAGGUAUCUUUCAAUAUUUUCAAUACAAAGACAAGUUUUUAUCUAUUUAUUUAACAAAUUUGCUUUUUCGUUUUGGUUAUGGGCCGUAGCAAAUGCAAACAGUUGAUGUUUCUAGGGAGAACACUAGUAUGGUUUACAGUCAUCAAGAUUCUGCGUCAAGACCAUAUUUACAGGCUCAACAAUCUCUUGGUUUUAACAAUGUUGGAGUUGGUAUCUGUAAUAAGUGUGGUUGUCGACUUCCAUGCUUUGGUGAUGUAUUUUGUAUUUGCAAGAGAGGAACUAUUAGUCAACAAUCUCCUGGUUUUGACCACGUUGGAGAUGGUACGUGUAGUGAGAAAUGUGGCUGUCGACUUCCAUGCUUUGGUGAUGUGUUUUGUGUUUGCAAGAGAGGAACUACUAGUCCGUGAGUUAUUGUCUACAGCUGAGUCAAAGACUACAUUUUGACAUAUGAGAAAGUCAAUGCUCAUGCAACUUUGAAUGGCUUGCUCAUUUGGCUUCCAAUGUUUGAUGAAAUAUUCUAGAAGUUUCAAUUGUUCAUAUAAUGCUGGUGGGAUUUUGCAUUUGUGUUACUUGCUCCACUUUUCUGUGCAAUUAGAUCAUGGUUUUAGUCUUUUAGACAAUUACGGCAACGAUAUGCUGAUUAGUAGCAUAUACAAAUGUCUUUUGGUUGCUCCAGUUUAAUAUGGUCGUGUGAUUCUGUGGCUGUUGGUAUUUAUUUUUUGUAUGAUUGAUCUUUCCUUGCCAUUCUUUCCUAGUUUGAGAUCAGCGACCCCUAUUGGUGUCUUGAAGUUACCAUGAAUCCCUUUUAUUUGCUUG